GGCCAGGGACCCUGCUGCUUGAACGGAGCUGGUUUAGUGUAGCGGUGGUGAAGAGUUCCCGACAAUAUUCAACGCUGAAGUUUAGCGUCUGAACUGGUCAACCCUAACUGGUAUGCAGGGAGUCGAGCUAAUCGGAGAAGAAGAAGUGAAGCAGAGAACAGAGCGGCCUGACUAGAGGAAGGGGUUCUUCGAGGACGCCCAAGCAAGGUGGAGAAGGCGUUCGUGUGCGGCAUGGCGUCCCAUCCACACGAAUCUGGCUUGGCCCCCAGUGGCCAUAAACCGGUCCCGACGCAAAAGGCAUCUCCGAGCCUGACGCAGCGGACAUCAACUGAGAAGAGAAGCAGAAGAAUAGCACCACCUGUGCCUCCACCGAAGAAGCCGCCUAGCGUUGAAGUCGGUGGUAGCACGUCGUCAAAAGUGACGAAAUCGCCAGACGCAAAUGUUCCAUCCGCUGGCCCCGUCGCAGAGCUCGGGAAACUAGCACCUGGCCUCACCGUAGCGACAAAAAGUCCAAGGCCGUCUCCAAAGAAACGACGGGCCCCGCAGCCACCAUCUCAAGUUGCAACGGCACAAUCCCUCUCAUCUGCACCAGUCCCGCCAACAUCACCUGCACCAGCACCACCCCUAUCCCCCGCACCUCCACCACCCCUGUCGCCUGCACCAGCACCGCCAGCUGCUGCCACCAGUCGCAGUCCCAAGGAGCAGAGGUCACCGAAAGCCCCACUGAAGCCCCGUUCCAUGAAAGUGUUGCCGGGUGGUAUCAGCCUUCCCUUUCAGUCUAGACAUUCAGUGACUGCUCCCUCUACUCCGUACCCCAGUGAUAGCACUGCACCACCGCCUGGGCUGUUGGGAAGGAAGCGGUCUUCGUUGCCAUCUAUCCAUGCCCAGGACAGCAUAGGUGAUUUCCAACCGAUAAUUGACGAACCAGAUGAGAACGUGUAUUCUGAGCCAAGGAAAUUGGACGACCUCCCUCCCUCGGUCACUUCGCCACUGUCCGCUCCCACCAGCCCACCACCCUCUGUUCCUCUCACUUCGCCGCCCGCAGCAACUGGAUCCGCUCUUUACGAGGAAGUUGUACCCCGCGUCAAACGAAGUUCCGAGUCGAUCCACCAAGCUACGCACAGUACGCAGAGCUACGAACUGGCUAUGGAUGCUGGUCAAUACGACGAGCCAAAAACGAGUGCUGGUGAGGUGCUGGAGUAUGCCGAGGCAGACACCGGCCCCCGCCCUUUGCUACGGAGCACCGUGUCGCCAUGUUUGAUCGGGAAUCGUAUAUCGAGCCGCUCACCUGACGCUAAUCGGAGAUUUGGCGGCGCAAAGACGCCACCACCAGUGCUGCCCUACUCCCAGCACCUAGCCGACAAAGGAUACACAUCACCUCGGGAGUCGGUGUACGAGGUUACGGCGGAUGGUGGGCAGGGAGAGCCAAGCCCCAGAGCAACUGAGUACACCCCACAGCAGCGGCGAGAGCCGUCCCAGGCAGGAUAUCAUCCCGGCGGGAGUGACGUCGCCCCAGCUGGUGGUAGUGACACCGGCGAAGAGGGCGCCUAUUCGUACAAUUGCCUAGUUGAUCAAAAUUCCGCUCCACCCAAGCGCAGACCCGACGGCAACCAAUACGACCGAUUCUGGAGUCACGAGCGCCGAGUGUCCUCCAAGACUGAGACAGAUCUUCUGCAUUAUGAUCACAUCCAGUUUAGUCGCAGUACCGACAGCGAGGACAUUGAAGCGCACCCGGUUAUUUCAACUGCAGCUUCGUGUGAUGUCAGCGGUGUGCAGGAGCAAGUUCCGACCGUGCCAUCGCUAGAAGAUAUAGAGCCUGCGAUGGAAACCGUGGGUUCAAGCACUGCCAUGGAGCCGAGAGACGUCUACGCUCACGUACAGCUCCGAGAGAAGCCGCCAUCGACGUCCGACCAUCCCGUCGGCCAGAGAAAAACACUCGUUACUCAGGACAGUGACACAUCGAUAGGGCCACCUCUAGACCCCUACCAGGGUACGCCAAUGGUCGGCGAGAGUGUUCUGGAAGAGGAUAGCGAGAUCAUGAUCAAUGGCAGUCAUGACAUGUACUCAUCUGUGGAUGAAAUGCCGGCGGGAUCACACGCAACUAUUCCACUGCGGCAGCACGCAGUGGAUAGCAUUCAAAUGAACCGUCGAUCACGCAGUCUGGACGACGUGGCCGACAUACGAGACCCUCCAGAUAGCCAGCAAGAUGGUGUGGCUAAGUUGCAGGAGCAACGGCAGCGUCGCGUACAGCAGCACUCUUAUGAAUAUGUUGAGGUCAAACUCAAGCCCAAAUCUAAGUCAGAGAAAGACAAGCAACGUGUUAACAGCGUCAGUGAUGCACCUAGCACUGAUCCAGAGGAGGAGCGGAAAGCGGCGGAGAAAUGGAAGAAUGAGGCGGAGAAGCUUCGCAAGCAACACUUGGAACGACACAACUACGACUAUGUAGAGCCCAUCAGACCUCGCCUGAAGUCGUUUGAAGCGCCCGCAUCCGUCUCCCUGGAGCUAGUCAAGAGGCCGGACCAACCCACGAUGCCUCUGCUGGCAGCUAGCUUGCAAUCCGGAGAAGAGUUAUCCUGGGAUGACAGCGACCUGUCUGGGCUGAUGUCGCCAGUAUCAAGUACAAACAGCGCCAGAGCUACACCACAGAAGCCUGUCCGCAUGGGAUCGUCACAGAAACUGGUGAAGUCGCCGCAAAAGAAACUACCACCGACGCCAGUCGACUCGGCGCCAAGCCAGUCGAAUGGCCUGCCACCUGGUUGGGAAGAGUUCACAAACUCCCUCGGUACGUACUACUGGCACGCGGAUAGCGGUGUCACGCAAUGGGACAGACCCACGGCAGCGCCAACCAAUGAUACGCCGGAAUCGGACCAGAUGUAUGCUGCGCCAAGUAGUCUACCGUACACACCUAGCUUGGUGGACGAGACGCUCAAGGAAUUGACUCAAGCUAGUACACAGCCAACGGUGGACCGAGCACGGAAGCAGCAGCGCUGGGCCAACUCUGGCAGCAGCAGUGUCUCACGUUCAUCCCUGAGCUCGUCCGUGACGUCACCAGAUCGGGGUGUACACACAUACUAUGCAACGAGCAUCGGCUACGUCGAGCUGGCGGAGCACGAGUUGACGCAGCGAACAGUGCACGGCGGCUGUGUAAUGAACUGCAUAGCACGGCUCGAGGAGAUUGCGCGAGAUGGCGCUGACGUGCCUGCAGACAUUCGCCUGGAGGAUUCAGAAGUCUACCUGAAGAUUGUGUCCAACACUAUUCAAGUUGUGGAGGUGCACACGCACACCGUGCUCCUGAUGCAGUCGCUGCAGGGCAUUCGCCUCUGGGGUGUGUCCAAAACAGAUCCAUAUGUUUUUGCUUUCGUUGCCCGAGACCAGACGACUCAGCGACACCGCUGUCGCAUCUAUCGGUGCAAGAUUUCCGGCAAGAAGAUUGCGCGGGUCCUGCGCACAGCCUGCGACCAGAUCCUGCAGGAGCGCAAGAUGAAGCAGGACGGCGUGGAGAAGCCCAGGACGGAGGACACCAUGGACGGUGUCAUGUACAACACGCCGCGCAGCGGAAACGCACCGCCGCUCGUACAAUCACGCUCCUCCUCGUCGUCGUCAGCAACGAUCGGCUCCGACAGCUCUGCUGGCGGGUCGUCGACGCAAAUAGAUCGCUCGGCAACACCGGACGGGGCUGUUCAGGCACCCGAAGAGAACAUUGACCCGUUACUUCGGGAGCACAAGGAAUGCUUUGCUGCAACGUAUCUCGGCUUCACCGACGUCCCAUCUAGUUCCGGUGUGGAAACCAUUCGCAAUGCAGUCAGCAAAAUGCAGCACACCUCACAGGACAACUGGGUGGAGGUGAUCGUGGAAAUAUCGUCGGUGAAAAUCGCCCUGAUUGAUCAAAAGACGCAAGUGACUUUCAAAGAGCACCGGAUUCGCUUCCUCACCUUCUUGGGGAUGGGCAGUGACACAUCAUACUGUGGAUACAUCAUGAGCAGUGGCAAGGACAAGUUCUGGUGUCACGUAUUCCUCUGCGAGAAGACCAGUGGCAAGCUGGUGAUGGCAUUGCAGAGUGCGUGCAAGGCUCGUUUCCAGCGUGUUGUGGACACGCAAGAUACGGAGGAGAAGGCGGACCACCUGGUGAAGAAGUACCUCAAACCCGCCGCCACCCCGGCUGCACCGACGUCAUCGGACGACGCACCACGGCCUACGCCGGCUCCGCGUGCACCAAAACCAACUGUAUCAAAACCGGCACCUGAGAGUGCGUUCUUGUCGGUACUGCAGAAGCUGAAUCGUGUUGCUGGCCGACCAGCGACAUCUGGCAACAAUACUUACUUUCUCUCCGUCGCCGCUAAGUACUACGGAAGUGAAGAUGUCUACACUGCCUCGGCCGGUGUCAAGUACGUGCAAGAGCCGUUCAAGAGGUUAACCAGUGCUGGCCGCGUACCCGUGAGCUGCAAGUGCGAAGUGGACUCCAACGGCGUGCACCUGUCCGACGCAAAGUCCAAGUUUGACUUGUGGUGUCCAAUUGACAAGAUCACGUUUGUCACCGUCAUCAGCAAUCACAUCUGCUUCAUUGCCGACUCCAGCGGGCACAACCUCUGCCACGUGAUAGGCCCAGAUAAGGCAACGGUGUCCCUAGCGGGAGUGUUGUCCAGCAUUGAAGCAGCCAUCGAGGAGCACGCAGAACGCAUGUGUGGCGGACGACAAGUCGUGCUCAACGACACUUCCAAGUAAUGACCCAUCGAAUGGAAACGAUCAAAUAUGCCGUGUAGAUACUUUACCUGAAUCGAAUGUGACUCAAAUAACAGAUCUUUCGCCCCUAGGCUUCUUCAUCUCAUAAGUAUAUUUGUCUAGAAAUCAAGCUUGACUAUUUCAUUGCUGCUUCUUUUGACUGUUUCAUCACUGCUUCAAACUUCUGCUGACCUUGACUAACUAAUUUUUUAUCAAACAAGGCACUCUUGACAACUUCAAAUCAUAUCUUUACUACCAUUCGUAAUUAUUUUUUACACGUCACUGAUGAUGAAAGUGGUAAGGCCACCUAGAAUUAA